AUGGACAACAACACCACAAAAUUAGAUUCAGGAGACUCAAAAAACAACGACAACAGUGAACAACAAGAACAUGAAGAGAACCCAAAUUUGAGUUCUAAUGGAGAACAACAACCGCAAGAAGGAGGAGAAGGGGAGAGAGAGGGUGGUGGUCCUCAAAGUCAGACUUCCAGAAGAACUCCGUUCACUAAUCUUAGCCAAGUUGAUGCUGACCUUGCUCUUGCCAGGACCCUUCAAGAGCAGGAGAGGGCAUACAUGAUGCUAAGAAUGAAUAAUGAUGGGAGUGAUUAUGGAAGUUGGGAAGGUGGGAGUUAUUUACAUGAUGAUGAGGAUGAUUUUGGUGAUCCUGAUGACGAGACUGAUGGAGAUGAUGAUGGCGAGGAAGAAUACAAUGACACCGAUGUGGAUGAUGAUGCAGAUGCAUUUGAUGUGCAUGCUCAUGCUGAUGCUGGAGAGGAUGAUAAUACAGAAGUUGAAAUUGAUCCUUCCGUUUAUUCUAGUGACGAGUCUUAUGCCCGAGCCUUGCAGGAAGCUGAAGAAAGAGACAUGGCUGCUAGACUGCUGGCCCUUGCUGGCUUAAAUGAUAGAGAAGUUGAGGAGGACAGCGAAGAAGAUCGUGGGGGUAAUUCUCAGGAAACGUGGGAGGAGGUUGAUCCAGAUGAACUUUCAUACGAGGAAUUGCUUGCACUGGGUGAAGUUGUUGGAACUGAAAGCAGAGGUCUUUCAGCUGAUACAAUUGCUUCUUUGCCUUCAAUAAACUACAGGGCAGGAAGCAGCCAGAAUGGAAACAAUGAUUCGUAA